AUGUCGACAAUAGCAGCCAAACUAGCGCACCUCGCAUCCAUCCGGUCUUCCAUCCUGUCCAUCCCGCUGAUAACAACGCCCAAAGCACGCGUCCUAGCCCAACCAUCGCAACGAGUCAAAUUCCUCACACACUAUCCUCCCAAUGUCAGUAAUCUACGACUAGCAAACCAGGAUCCAGACUUGAAGCUAUUGGACCUCGUCGAUGUGAGGUAUCAGGAGUUGAAGGAACGGGAAUUGAGGUUUAAUGCCAGGGGGAAGCUGGUUAGGGUGUCUGUUAUGAAUGGACCGCAGAAGAGAGUUGAAGGUGGCAAGAAGAAAAAGAGAUAG